UCUUAGUAGGCAUACCCUUACAUACAUGGGUAGGACCUUGUAGGUGUCAUUCAGCUUUAUUCGGGGCAUCUAGUGUAAUACAAUAUCGAGAGUUUGAAAACAAAUAUAGUAUGGAAAAAGAAAAUGGUGUUGAACUGUCUUCCCGGAGCGUUUUCGUUUCUGACACUGAUGUGACGGACAUGCCGGAUACGGACGAAGAGACAUCUGAUAAGGAAGAGUGGGGUACCAAGAUGGAUUUCCUUUUAUCAGUACUCGGCUAUACCGUCGGCUUUGGGAAUGUCUGGCGAUUUCCGUACGUGUGUAUGAAGAAUGGCGGAGGUGCGUUCCUCAUCCCCUACCUGAUCACGAUCUUCCUAUUAGCGGUUCCGAUGUACUUUUUAGAAGCAUCCCUCGGGCAGUUUUCUGGGAAAACCAUGCGAACUGUGUGGAGCUACUGUCCCUUAAUAAGAGGAGAGGGCAUCGGUUUGUUGCUGAUGAUGAUUGCGUGUGUGUGGUACUAUGUGAUGCUGACUACCUGGGUGAUAUAUUACCUGUACCAGUCCUUCUAUUCGCCUCUCCCUUGGAGCACGUGUGGUAACGAGUGGAAUACGCCCGACUGUUUUAGUUUCACAGAAACUGCCAAUUUCAACAUUUCGCUGGGGAACGCAACAUUCCUGGUCAACUCUUCCGGUAUUGCAAAUUCAACCUCUAUUGGUGGUAUUGUCAACGCAUCUGUCCCUAUCAUGAAACGGGGCCAUAGCUCAGAAGAGGAGUUCUGGCAGUACAAAGUAUUGGACAUAUCCUCUGGCUUUGAUGACAUUGGUUCCGUCAAGGGUCACUUAGCAUUGUGUCUAUUAAUAGCCUGGAUCGUUGUCUACUUGUGUGUCAUCAAGGGCAUAAAGUCAACUGGUAAGGUGGUAUAUGUGACAGUCACGCUCCCGUACAUCUUACUCAGCAUCCUCCUUAUACGCAGUCUCACACUUCCAGGUGCCAUCGACGGAGUAAUAUUUUUCGUAAAACCUGAUUUUGCGUCGCUGAUGAAUAUUCAGGUAUGGCUAGAGGCCGCAAUCCAAGUGUUCUACUCCGUUGCCAUGGGCUGGGGAGUUCUCAUCACGCUCUCUAGUUACAACAAAUUCAACAAUAACUGCUACAGAGAUGCGUUCUUGCUGACUCUGGCGGGAGAAGGGACAAGUUUGUUUGCUGGUUUUGUCAUCUUUUCGGCACUCGGUUUCAUGGCUCACAAGGCUAACGUUUCUAUUUUAGAUGUGACAAAGUCUGGUCCUGGCCUAGGGUUCGUGGCAUAUCCCGAGGCUUUGUCACAGAUGCCAUUCCCAAACUUCUGGGCAGCACUUUUCUUCCUCGCAAUGUUCACAGUCGGACUGGAUAGUCAGUUUGCAUUUACCGAAACUGUGUGUAUCAUCUUCGAGGAAUCCUUUCCGCUACUAAAGCGAAGACGGACUAUCUUCCGGGGUUGUCUCGCGGCUUGUGGCGUCAUUCUUGGUCUUGCUUUCUGUACACAGGGAGGAGUCUACCUUUUCCAGCUUAUUGACUGGUACUGCGCUGCAUUUUCGCCGAUAUUAUUUACACUAAUGGAGUGUGUAACUGUUAGCUGGGUAUAUGGUGCUGAGAGAUUUUCUCGUGAUAUAGAGAUGAUGAUUGGUCGUCCCGUGCCAAUGUACAUGAGGUUCUGCUGGUGUUUCCUGUCACCUAUACUUACUUUGCAGGAGGAGAACGGUGAAACGGAAACCUCUAUAGACCAUAUCAGGUGAUACUUAGUACAGACAUAUGUAUGAAAUGCUCCUUUAGCACUAUGGUAAAGACAUCUCCCGUUAUAUGUCUUGAGUUUGAUCCUUUCAAUAAAAUUAAUCUUGAGAUAAUGUAAGCAAACGAUAGCUCCAUUAGUUGCAUUGCGAUUUAGAUAUGCGUCCAGGUUUUCCUCUUUUAUUGCCGAUUUUGUCUGACUAUUUCAGAACGCUUGCACGCACAUGCGUCACAUCGUGUAAAACAGCAGAAUUUCGUCUGGAUGGAGGAAAAUCGAAUUUUAUUUCUUUUUAUUUCGAAUUUAAAAAACACACACAUUUCAUGUUGAAAACUUUUGAUAUAAGAAAACAAUCAAAAUGUUACUUUUAUCCUGACGAUAAGAAAAAGUGGACUACUAGCGGCACGGUUACUUUAAACACAUGUCAUUGAAUUUAUUACAUUUUUAUCAGAGGAAUAUCGAAAAUUAUUCAUUCCAUAAAAGUGAUAUUUAUCACUAGUGAAAAAUAUAACUUUUUUCUGAUUUGACCCAUGAAAACGCUGCUUACAAACGACAACGGGGAAAUUUAAAGGAUGACUUGUUAAAUUUUGCUAUGAAAACGUAAUAUCUAACAGUAUUUCUUCAGUAUUAAUGCCUAAUCUACAUGUACUGAUAUACAACCUGCAAGAGAUAGCUCCCAUAACAAUAAACAUGUUCUUUUCGAAACAAUUAACAUAUACAAAAUGUUGUACUAUCUGAAUAUUGUCGGUUUGUACCGCAGGAUAUAAGUAACUAGCAAUGAGUAAUAUGAAUUAUCACUCUAGAUUAGACACGUGAGUGAGCGUACCAAUAACAUUUUAUAUAUGUUAUUUCGUUUAUACCCAUUUUGACUCGUCAUUUAUUGGCCCUAAUGAACUUUUCAGUGUCGAUGGGCGGUAAAGAAUGUGACAAUAAAGAUGAUUUCAUCACCUUGAACUGAUUUCAUCUACAAUGUCAUUGAUAUUUGAUCUACUGUUGACAGGGUUUACUGAUCACAAGUUUCCUGUCAUAUGUGCCUCCAACAUACGGGGACUACGUGUACCCAGACUUCGCCGCCGUGGUUGGCUGGAUGUUUGCUGUAAUGCCCGUCGUCCCAG